AUGAUCGCCUCUUCGCUCCUGGCUCGAUCGCGCGUUACCGCUGGUCGGUCCAUCCGAAGCUCGCCCGUCGCUUCGAGUUCGCGUCUCACUCAGGUCUCGUCGAACGCUGCUCGCCUUCACACCGCUGCUGCUGUCGUGCCUGCUGCUGUCCUGCCCAAGCAGCACCGCCGCAGCCUCGCCACGCUCAGCUCGACCGAAAAUGCUCCUGAGCUCGGCGCACGCCACGUCGCCAAAUCCAUCUUUGCUCCUCUCGACACCUUCGAGGCUCGCCACGUCGGACCUCGUGAUCAAGACUCCGCCAAGAUGCUCGAGGUACUCGGAUACUCGGAAAUGGAGCAGCUCGUUGCAGACACGGUCUCGCCCAGCGUUCGUCUCGCUCACGAUGCCUCGUCCUACGACAAGAUCAAGCCUCUCUCCGAGAGCGAGCUCGCUCAGCGUGCAGAGACCAUCGCAAAGAUGAACCGUCCUUACAAGAGCUUGAUCGGUAUGGGCUACCAGAACACCCUCGUGCCCCCCGUCAUCCUCCGCAACGUCCUCGAAAACCCGGCUUGGUACACCAGCUACACCCCGUACCAGCCCGAGAUUUCUCAAGGUCGUCUCGAGUCGCUCAUCAACUUCCAGACCAUGGUCAAGUCGCUGACCGGUCUCGACCUCGCCAACGCUUCGCUUCUCGACGAAGGUACCGCCGCCGCCGAGGCCAUGAUCCUCGCAUACGGCCAGAGCAAGAGCAAGAGAAAGACCUUCCUCGUUGACCGCGGUGUGCUGCCCCAGACGCUUGCCGUGCUUCGUCAGCGUGCCAAGGGGUUCGGCAUCAAGGUUGUUGCCACCGACCUCCGAACUCCAGAGGGCCACCGUCUACCCCCUGCCGAUCAGAUUCCUCGCGAAGACAUUAUCGGCGCGCUCGUUCAGUACCCCGACGUCGACGGUCGUAUCACCGAUUGGGAGGCGCUCGCAAAGGAGAUCAAGGGCUUUGGCGGUAUGGUCAUUGCGGCCACCGACCUGCUCGCGCUCACCAUGAUCAAGCCUCCCGGUGAGUGGGGUGCCGACAUCGCCCUCGGCAAUGCUGCCCGCUUCGGUGUGCCUCCCGGCUUCGGUGGUCCUCACGCCGCCUUCUUUGCCGUUCGCGACUCGAUCAAGCGCAAGAUCCCCGGCCGUCUCGUGGGUCUCAGCAAGGAUGCUCGUGGAGAGCCCGCCUACCGACUCGCCCUCCAGACGCGAGAGCAGCACAUUCGACGUGAAAAGGCUACCUCCAACAUCUGCACCGCCCAGGCGCUUCUCGCCAACAUGUCGGCCAUGUACGCCGUCUACCACGGUCCCGAUGGCCUGCGCAGGAUCGCUGCCAAGGUGCAUGCGCUCACCCGCUUGCUCAAGCACGAGCUCACCGAGCUCGGAGUCCGCGUCAUCAACCGCGACGGUGCCUUCUUUGACACGCUUACCAUCGACCUCAGCAAGGCUGGUAUCGGAGCGGUGCGCAUCCACGAGGAGGCCAAGAAGGCGCAGAUCAACCUGCGCAGGAUCAGCGACUCGCGUGUCGGUAUCACGCUCGAUGAGACCGUCAGCAUCGAGGAGCUCACCGACCUGCUCAACGUGUUUGCUUACGCGCUCAAGCCUGCCAAGUCCGGCGAGGUUCCGUACAAGCCUGAGGACUUGAUUCAGAUUGCCUCCCGCAUCGGCCUCGAUGCUUCCUCGACCGAGACGCUCACCGUUUCUUCGCCGGUCAAGGUGCAGCCGAGCAACGCUACCGCCGAGUCGUCCAGCUUGCCUGCUGUGUCCGACUUUGCGCGUACUUCCAAGUUCCUCCAGCAGCCUGUGUUUUCGGCGCACCGUAGCGAGACGCAGAUGUUGCGUUACAUCCACUCGCUCCAGGCCAAGGAUCUGUCGCUUGUUCAUGCCAUGAUUCCCCUCGGUUCGUGCACCAUGAAGCUCAACUCGACCUCGAGCAUGAUGCUCAUCUCCAAGCCCGAGUUUUCGCAGCUGCAUCCGUUUGCGCCCGAAGACCAGGCGCAGGGAUACGACGUGCUCAUUCGCGAGCUCGAGCGCGAUCUUUGCUUGAUCACAGGAUUCCCUGCUGUUUCGCUCCAGCCCAAUUCGGGAGCGCAGGGCGAGUUUGCCGGUCUCUCGGUCAUUCGUGCUUACCACGAAUCGAAGGGCGAGGGCAAGCGUGAUGUCUGCUUGAUCCCGACGUCGGCGCACGGUACCAACCCGGCCUCGGCCAUCAUGGCUGGUAUGCGUGUUGUGCCCGUCAAGACCAAGGCGGACGGCUCGAUUGAUUUGGAAGACCUGAGGGCCAAGGCUGAGCUGCACAAGAACGAGCUUGCUGCGACUAUGAUUACCGAGCCUGCUACGACGGGUUGCUACUUCAAGGACAUUCAGGAGGCGUUCCAGAUCGUGCACGACAAUGGUGGUCAGGUGUACUUGGAUGGUGCCAAUUUGCAGGCGCAGGUGGCGUUGACCAACCCGGCGAUCAUGGGUGCUGAUGUGACCCACUUGAACCUGCACAAGACGUUCUCGAUCCCGCAUGGUGGAGGAGGUCCCGGUGUGGGUCCCAUUUGUGUCGCUGAGCACCUGGCGCCGUUCUUGCCUGGCCACCCUCUGGCUUCUACGGGCGGCGAGAUGGCGAUCGACCCCAUCUCGGCGGCUCCUUGGGGUUCGGCGUCGAUCCUUACGAUCGCUUGGGCGUACAUCAAGAUGCUCGGCUGGGGUGGUCUGAAGAAGUCGACUGAGACGUCGCUGCUUGCGGCCAACUAUGUGGCGCACCGCUUGAAGGACCACUACAAGCUCAAGUACACGGGUGAUCGCGGUCGUGUUGCGCACGAGCUGCUGAUCGACGUUGCUGAGUUUGAGGAUGUUGGGCUCAAGGUCAUGGAUUUCGCCAAGAGGUUGAUCGACUACGGCUUCCAUCCGCCUACGUGCUCGUGGCCGAUCUCGACGGGUCUGUUGAUCGAGAUCACCGAGUCCGAGUCGCUGCAGGAGAUUGACAGGUUGAUCGAGGCGUUUAUCUCGAUCCGUCAGGAAGUCGAGGAGAUUCGUCAGGGUCAGCAGCCCAAGGACAACAACCUGCUCAAGAACGCCCCACACACGAUUCAGACCAUCACCGAGGAGCAGUGGGAUCGUCCGUACUCGAGGGAGCGUGCCGUGUACCCGGUCCAGGAGCUGCGCAAGACCAAGUUCUGGCCUCCCGUUGCCAGGAUUGAUGAUGCGUUCGGCGAUCGAGUGCUCGUCUGCGAGUGCGGCGGUGUCGAAGAUUAUGUUUAG